CUGUUCACUAGAAACAAAGAAUCUUCUUUCUCUCUUCUCUUUGUGUGUAAACAGUUAACCUUACCAUCUAAGCCGAAACUACCCUGCAACUUAUGUUCAGAGUCUUACCAAGAAACAAACCAUAUUCGUUCAGAUCUUUUCUUUUUAACCAGAUGAACACCAAGCAAGGAUUGUGAAGGAAGUUACUAGUUGGUUUUUAAUUUUGUACUGGCAUUUAUUCCGAUGGAAGCGGGAUCAUCCAGCCCGAUGAUGGGGAGGUUUACUACGUCCUGGAAACUUUUGGCCAUAAGCUUGUCGGUACUAGCCGUGCUCUCACCUCUCUACAUCGACAGAUUAUCAGAGGAAGAUCUAGAAGAGGAAGAAGAACUCUUCGGCUUUAUGUUUUCCCUCUCUCUGCUUCUUCUCUUGUUGAUUUUGGCCAUUGCUUUGUCCCUGUAUUGUGACCCUAGCUUGACCAGGUUUGAUCCUUACUGGAUUCACAGGCUAUGUGGUUCGUUUGGUGGAUUGCUUGUCAUCCUCAUCCUUCUUGUUUUCGUCUUGAUAUGCAAAGCCUCUGAUUAGAAUCUGAGUGAAAGUUGUUUUGACGCCACAUAUGAAGUAAAAUAGCUCAUAUUUUUGCAAAAUUUUACAAUAUUUCUGUUUAUCAGGAGGAACACAACUCUUUUAUUCAUUUUCUAAAGAAAAUUUAUA